AUGAGCUCCUCGGCGACGCCCGCGCCGUCCAGCGCAGAGAUUGAGAACCUUGGCAUCAUCUUCAUCGGCUUCGUCGCUGCAAUCAUCCUCUAUGGCCUCACCUUCUUCCAGGCAUACAUCUACUUUUCGCGCUUCCCAAAAGACAGCUACUACCUCCGCCUCAUGGUCGGAACACUAUGCCUGCUAGACACGGCAUCCUCAGCCCUCAUCUCCGAAGUAGUGUACCACUACCUCAUCACGCAGUUUAUGGUGCAGAUGGACACCAUAUACGCCACGACCACUCUAUGUGUUGAGCUUCUCCUCUCCACCAUCCUCACCUUCAUCGUCCACCUGUUCUUCGUAUUGCGAGUAUACGCGGUCAGCAGCCGCUCGCGUCCCCUCAGUCUUUCGAUCACUUUUUUCGCGUUCGUCGCAUUUGUCUUCGGGAUAACUAUGUCUGCGCAAAUAUACCACCAGCGCAACCUCGCGGACCUCGCGCAGCUGCACGAGCGCGCCGUCGUCAUCGUCGCGCAGGCGGCCGCGGGCGCGGCGGACCUUGUCAUCUGCGGUGCGAUGGUGUUUUACAUGCGGCCGGCGCGGUUUCCGGAUGUGUUCAUGCCAGAGAGCACGUUCGAGACUGCCGUGACGCUGUUUGCGAGCCGGGGGAUUGGGUUUACGGUGCUCCAGAUAGGAUACCUUGUCGUGUUUGCUGCGAUACCGUCUAAGGCGUUGUGGAUACCGAUUCAGCUCGUCGCUUCUAAAUUCUACAUAAACACCGUCCUCGCUCUGCUCAACGCGCGCGAGGCACGGCACGGGCUGGGGAUCUACGAGGAGGAGUCGAACGCGACGGGCUCGUCGACGCCUGCCGGGCGGCCGUUUUCGGGCGCGACGCCGCCUGUGCCGAGUACGAUUCGGUUUGCGGGGUUGAGUUCGAAGGAGGAAUCGCGCCUUCACCACGGGAUCGAAGGCUCGGGCGAGGUGGAGUCGAUGGGCAAGUACGAGGAUGAGCCGGAGCGGCAUAACGGGAACGAUACGUCGCCGACGACGACGACGACGGGGAGCAGGAACAGCAAUAAACGGGGGCCGGUGGAGGCGAGCGAGCGGGGUGUUGAGGCUUUGGAAAUACAGAGUCUGCAGGUGCCGCCGGCGUCGCAUCAUUCGUCGAAAGGGAGCAUGCAGGAGAAGAGCUGGUCGGGGUCGUAGGAUGUGUUUCGAGUUGACGGGUGUUUUUUCACUGUUUUGGUUGCUUGUUCCGUCCACUGCAUGUCCCCUUACGUUCUGCCUGUCACCGCCCCAUCGCCCAUGGCAUAUCAUACCUACGUGUUGGCCCUGAUUGACGUUCCCUUUACGCUGCUCACGACGCAAUCCGUUCGUUCUCCGUUGGUGCUGUGGUUGUCAAUACCCCAAGGACCCUGUUUCCUAGUGUUCAUACAACAUAAAUUAUUCAUGUGUGUUCUGUACAUAAUCACUCUCUUCGCAGUAUACCUUUCGCACACGAUUCUUAUCCCUUCACACGCUUCUGUGUCUCCUU